ACAAAAUGGCGGCUGCUGUCGAAGUCCGAUGGCCUAACGAGAAGGAUCAGUACGAACUACAAGAGGUGAUAGGGUAUGGUGCGACAGCUGUUGUUCAAGCUGCAAAGUGCAUCCCUCGCAAUGAGCGUGUUGCUGUGAAGAGGAUUGAUUUGGAAAAGUGCGGCGCGAGUAUUGACGAAAUGAUGAAAGAAAUUCGUACCAUGAGCCAGUGCAAUCAUGAGAAUGUUGUGAAUUACUACACAUCAUUUGUGGUGAAGCAAGAACUGUGGAUAGUCAUGAGGUUGUUGAAUGGAGGUUCAUGGUUAUAACCACAAAGCCGAUAUCUGGAGUUUUGGUAUUACAGCCAUUGAGUUGGCCACUGGAAUUGCUCCAUAUGCAAAGUUUCCAGCCAUGAAGGUCCUGAUGUUGACGUUACAAAAUGACCCACCCUCUAUUGACACUGUGGCACAGAACGAAGGCAACAAGGAAAACUACAAAAAGUAUACCAAAAUUUUUAGAAAAAUGAUAAGCAGCUGUUUGGUAAAGGAUCCCGCUCAAAGACCAGACGCUUCUGAACUUCUAAAGCAUCAUUUUUUCAAGAAAGCCCGGGAAAAGGAUUUUCUGGUGGAGACGUUGGUCCCGCUAAUGCCCUCUCUGGGUGAAAGAUCACAAAAGGUUAAGCGAGUCCCAGGCUCCAGUGGACGACUUCACCGAGCUGCCGAUGGCAGCUGGGAGUGGUCUGAUGACGAGGCGAAAAACGACGGUGACAGCGACGGUGAGGGUGACGAUGAAAAAUCGGCAAAAGCAGAUAAUGUCAAGGAAGGUGCACCAAAAUCCGAAGGACCAAAAGUCAACAUUCAACCGUCCACACCGACAUCGCCUAAACCUCCGGCACAAAUCAACUUGGAUCUUACUCUUAGAUUAAGAAAUGCAAAGAAAGAACUGAAUGAUAUCAGAUUCGACUUUACUCCUGGUAAAGAUACUGCUGAGGGUGUGGCACAGGAGUUGGUUUCAGCAGGUUUAAUAAGUGGGCAAGAUUUAGUUGUUGGUAAGGAAGUUUAAUUGAAUUCGUAAUUCAAUUUAAUCCAAUCCAAUAAAAUUUCAUUAGUAAUUGUUUAUAUUGUUGUUACUGCGGCAACUCCAGCUUUUGUUCACGUCCUUAUUGAUGCUUUUCAGAUUGGGCGCUCCAUUUGGGAA